CGGAUGUCAUUUCCGGUGCGCGGCGGAAGUAAGAAGUAUUUCCCUCAGUAGCUGUAGCGAGCUGUCCGGGGUUAUCGCUCCUUCAGUACCACAGAGAUGAGCUCCAGGCAAGACAAGCAGCAGCGGGGGAACAAGAGACCGGCGGUCAGGCAGGAGGAUGAGUCGGGCAGUGGCAGCUGGGAACAAGCUGAUUUGGGGAAUGAUGAAAGGAAACAGAAAUUCCUGCGGCUGAUGGGAGCCGGGAAGAAGGAACACACUGGGCGCCUGGUGAUCGGAGACCAUAAGUCCACAUCGCAUUUCCGGUCAGGGGCAGAGGAUCAGAAGAUAAGCGAUGAGCUGGAGCACCAGUAUCAGCAGAGCAUGGACAGCUCAAUGUCGGGGAGGAACCGCAGACACUGUGGCCUCGGAUUUAGUGAGAGUGAAACCACAGACGUGGAAGUCCCGCCGCCCCCUCCCGAACACCCCCCUGAAAGAGAGAGUGCGUCAGAGUCCAGCAGUGAAGUCUCGAGUGAGGAGGAGAGCGAGAGCGACUCUGUAUCAGAGGAGGAGACUGCUGCAGACAAGCGAAAACCAGCGAAACCAAGUGAAAAGGACAGUGUCCCAGACAGUAAAGAUGGCGGAAAGAGCAACUACAAAAUGCUGUUUGUCAAGUCAACCGGCUCCUAAUGUCAUAUUUGUUCAGGAAAGAGUUAAUCCCAGGAUCAUGGGCCGGGCCAGUGUGUGUCUACUGAGCUCCUGUCACUGGCUCCUUCCCCAAACUCCUCUCACUCAGUCGUCGGUUUUAAAGGAGUGUGAAAUUGACCUGGAAAUAAAAUGUAAUUGUGAGUGAUUGUAGCAGCACAACACACACGCCUCUGUGUCAUGCUGCAACCCGGGAUGUUUUCUUUUUUUUUUUUAGCCAACAUUUUAACCUUUUCAGUACAGAAUGGGCUGCACAUUCAAUUUGGGUAAAUGCUUUUAUUUACUCCGUUGUGCUGAAGGGGUUAAGACAUAUCAGUAGUGUUUGGGUGAUGAUAAUCUCAUUAUGAAUCCUCCUGUGUUAACUAAAUAGACUAUUCGGCAUACUUGUAUUUUUUUGACAUUCUUGUAAGUUGUGGAAAAAUAUCUAUUUUUUUUUUUUUUUAAAGGAUGUUAGACCUCUUUUGUGUGGAGUUUGUUUUUAUU